AAUUUGUGGUUUCUCAUUUAAAGGAAGCUCAAGCUCUGUGUCGUGCAAGCAGUCGGUGAGAAUCAGUACAAGUGCCUGUUGCCAUAACGAUCGAGAAGCAAAAGGAAAGCAAGAAUUGGUCCAGACCUUUUUCGAAAAAAUAUAUUUUAUCGCCUGUGCAAACAAAUACGCAGUUGCCGUGGUUCGAUAAGGAGUCCGCUAGGCGGCGCGUGUAAAGAAAGUGCGUGCGUGCGUGAGUGCGUGAAAAAAAAAUGACAAUCAAUAAUAUAUUGUGGUUCCGCCAUGGGCUUCGGUUACACGAUAAUCCGAGCCUGCUGGAAGCGCUCCGGAGCGAUUGCAUGAGCCAGUCCAGCGAGGCGGUGAAACUGUUCCCGAUCUUCAUAUUCGAUGGGGAAAGUGCUGGCACCCGCAUCGUCGGGUACAACCGGAUGAAGUUUCUGCUGGAAUCGUUGGCCGACCUUGACCGACAGUUCCGCGAUCUUGGCGGGCAGCUGCUGGUGUUCCGGGGCGAUAGCGUCACCGUGCUGCGCCGUCUGUUCGAGGAGCUGAACAUCAAGAAGCUGUGCUUCGAGCAGGACUGCGAACCGAUCUGGAAGGAGCGUGACGAUGGGGUGUCGCAGCUGUGCCAGAAGAUGGACGUCCGGUGCGUGGAGAGCGUUUCGCACACGCUCUGGAACCCGAACGAGGUGAUACAGACGAACGGAGACAUUCCACCACUCACGUAUCAGAUGUUUUUGCACACCGUAAACAUCAUUGGAGAACCACCCCGUCCGGUCGGUGCACCCAACUUCGAGUACAUCGAGUUCGGCCGCAUCCCGGCAAUACUCGGUUCCGAGCUGAAGCUGUGCCACCAGAUACCGGCCCCGGAGGAUUUCGGCAUUUACUACGAGGGCAACGCGAAAAUUGCCUUCCAAAAGUGGAUCGGUGGCGAGACGCGUGCCCUGGAAGCGCUGGGCGCACGGCUAAAGCAGGAAGAGGAAGCAUUCCGCGAGGGCUACUACUUGCCGACGCAGGCCAAACCGGAGAUUUUGGGCCCGGCCACGUCCAUGAGCGCUGCCCUGCGGUUCGGUUGCCUGUCCGUGCGCAUGUUCUACUGGUGCGUGCACGAUUUGUUCGAGCGGGUGCAAUCGCACAGCCAGUUCAAGUACCCGGGCGGACACCACAUUACCGGGCAGCUUAUAUGGCGCGAAUACUUCUACACGAUGUCGGUCCAGAACCCGUACUAUGGCGAGAUGGAGCGCAAUCCGAUCUGUCUGAACAUUCCGUGGUACGCGCCGGAAGAUGAUUCGCUCGCCCGGUGGAAGGAGGGCCGGACCGGCUUCCCGAUGAUUGAUGCGGCCAUGCGGCAACUGCUGGCGGAAGGUUGGCUGCAUCACAUAUUGCGCAACAUUACCGCGACCUUUCUCACGCGCGGAGGACUUUGGUUAAGCUGGGAGGCAGGAUUGCAACACUUCCUGAAGUACCUGCUGGAUGCGGACUGGUCCGUGUGUGCCGGCAACUGGAUGUGGGUAUCUUCGUCCGCCUUCGAGCGGCUGCUCGAUUCGUCCAAGUGUACCUGCCCGAUCGCACUCGCUCGCCGGCUCGAUCCGAAGGGUGACUACGUCAAACGGUAUCUACCCGAGCUGGCCAACUAUCCGGUGCAGUUUGUGCACGAACCAUGGAAAGCUUCCCGGGAGCAGCAGAUCGAGUAUGGGUGCGUGAUUGGACAGCACUAUCCGGCGCCCAUGAUCGAUCUGGCGAUCGUUUCCAAGCGCAAUGCGCACACGAUGGCCACGCUCAGGGACAAGCUGGUCGAUGGUGGGGCUUCCACACCGCCCCAUUGUCGCCCGUCGGACAUUGACGAGAUACGGCAAUUCUUCUGGCUGGCGGAUGAUGCCGUGACGGAAGCAUAAAACGGAAACACCUGGCUCUAAAAACCAUAACCGACAGGGAUAACCGCUGUCGGAUUUCGGGGCCUGGAUUUUUAAACGGACGUUGAUUGGAUUGCAGAUUGGGACCUCGAAGAGUGUCUGUGUUACUGAUGAUGUUUUCCGACGGUGUUAUGUUAAUGGGAUCUUUUGGCGAUGGAUAGAGCUUAUAUAUGUACGUGGUGUAAUCUUUGUUUUCACAUAGAAUGUAAAACCGAAAGGACAACGCAAGCGGGAAUCCAUCCUGUAUGCUGAGGCCUUUAUAUUUUACGAUAUAAAGUGUCCAUUUUCUUGAUAAGAACUGUACGUGUAUGUAGAUUAUACAAUGCACUAUUCUUCCCCCCCUUCCCACAAAACGCGCUCGGGACCACACACAGCCCGGAAAGUUCGAAUCUAAUUCGCCUCCUGCCGGGUGGGUGCCGAGUGUGGCGGUGGUGGGGAGUAGGCUGGACUUACAAACGCGUCAACGAUGCCGACCAGAAUCAACGGGACGGAAAUGUUCUCAAUUUGAAAAUGUAUACCAAAUAUGUUAUCGUGGAAAAAAAACAAUAAAUAAAACAAAUGCAUUGUUAAUAUAAAACGUA